AUGGAUCAAGCACCAAAGAGUAAAAGAAGAUCACUUAUCGGCAUAAAGUCGCUUCUGAAGCCAUUCAAGCAAUUCACAAUCAAAUCCAAGCGCUCGAAGAAGUCUACACCCCUCGCAGGUGGCUCGGUCGAAAACUCUCAGUCUGUUAGCGAUUCGCUCGCAGAAGUGGCUUCCGCCAACUCUUCUACACGUAUUUUGACAGUCUCACUACUCUAUUUACCCAACGAAAUUUUGGAACACGUAUUCUUUCUACUCCAUCCAUUAGAGGUUGUAAAGUGUCGGCUGUUAAGCAAUCAUUUCAAACAAAUUAUCGAUGGAUCAAUUGAGCUCCAGCUUCGUAUCGAUCUGGCAAUUGACGGCUAUCUCCUCGGUUAUAGGGGACUAGACCGUGCCAAAAAUGUUAGGGAGUUUCAUGAAAAGAGACGAAAGGCCUUAGAGAGCAUGAAGUACAUCACAAGCUGGCACGAACCCCUUGCUCGUGGAGACCUUGGCCAUUUCGAGGCAAGCAAUACUGCGCCUUACUGG